GGAUUCGAUUGUAUUCUUUUCAGUGGAAGGGAGGGAUGGUUUGCCGUUUGUUGCACGACGUCCCCGAGGCGGUAAAGCGUAGAGCGGCAUGGCGACAUCUGAGAUCCAGUCCACCAAGGGAAAGUCCGUAUGCUCCGUCUCACUCUCGGUUCCUCCCCCCACGUCGUCGGUUGAGGACGAGCCGUCCGACGAGAAGAAAGGUAAGACCGCCUCCCACCCACCCGCCCGAUUGCCGUCCCGAAACGCUUCCUCCAAGUACGACUUCGUCAAGGUGAAAGUAUGGCUCGGUGACAAUGCCGAUCACUACUACGUCCUCUCCAGAUUUCUUCUCAGCAGAAUGCUAACCGUUACCAAGAUUCCUAAUCAUGUGGCUAUCAAAAUUGCACUUGAACUCAAAAAGCUACUCGUGGAUAAUAGCCUUCUCGAUGUAUCACAGUCUGACCUGGAAGCCAAUCUUUUCAAGCUCAUGGAGCGAAGAAAUUAUGGAGAAGAGUACAUAAACCGAUAUAAAAUGAUGACUAGGUUUCAUCACCAAAGAGUACCAUUGGUCAUUCUUGUAUGUGGAACUGCUUGUACUGGAAAGUCCACGAUUGCAACACAACUUGCUCAAAGACUCAAUUUACCAAAUGUCUUGCAGACAGAAAUGGUGUAUGAACUUUUGCGCACAUCAACAGAGUGAGUCUAUCUAUUUGGUAUUUUGUACAAUUUAUUUGAUCAAAGAUUUUCAAUGCCUGAAAUCUUCAAGUGCUCCUGCUAUUCUGUUUAUCUAGUGAUGCUGAAACACAGGCACCAUAUGUUACCUAAGCCUAUUUUUCUGUUUUACUCUAUUAAGGUGCAUUAUGG